AUGCAGAAGGAUGGAUUUUCCAUUCCAUCCAUCAGUACUUUAUUCCAGUACCUCCCAUCUGACCAGAUCAUUAAGAUACCAUCAGUCAACACAGAAUUCAAAAAAGAACCACCAAAAAAGCUCAAGUUUGGUUACGAAGAAGAUUUACUUUUGUACAAAAUUGUGAUAUCUAGAAGCUGCAAGAACUGGAACGAAGUUGCUGCCCAAAUGGGAACUAGAAAUGCAAGACAAUGUCGUGAAAGAUGGAAUAAUUACUUAAAUCCAUUCUUAAGAAAUGACCCUUGGUCCCCUCAAGAGGAUGAGUUGCUUAUCUCUAAAUAUAAACAGUUUGGACCCAAAUGGCGAAAAAUUGCUCAAUUUUUUGUCAAUAGAUCUGAUAACUCUUUAAGAAAUCGCUAUUUCGUGCUCGAAAGGAAGCUAAAUAGGAACCCUAGUGAAUCAUCAACUGUGUCUGAUGAAUAA